UCCUGCAUCACCUUGACUCCCCAGGAACUUAUGCAAGGAUCCUGUUUGUGGACUUCAGUUCGGUGUUUAAUACCAUCAUCCUGGACAUCCUCCACUCCAAACUCCUCCAGCUCACUGUGCCAGUCUCCACCUGUGAGUGGAUCACAGACUUCCUGACAGACAGGAAGCAGCAGGUGAGACUGGGGAGCAUCACAUCCAGCACCCGGACAAUCAGCAACUGGCGCCCCCCAGGGGUGUGUGCUUUCCCCACUGCUCUUCUCCCUAUAUAGGUGGCUUGCAAAUGACGUCACAUCCGCCUCAUUACCUAUGCAUAUCAUGAAGUGGUGGUCAGCGGAGCUGAUUGUUGACUGCAGCGAGCGUGGCUAACGUUCACUCAUCGGUCAAAAAUGCCUUUUGCGUGUGUUGUUUUAGGUUGUUCUAAUCGAUCAAAUCGCGAAAUUGAUAAAGGAUACUUAAGGGAGAUCGGAAAUCUAAAAUCCCAACUAGAUCAUAUGGGGUACUCUCUCACAAAGGCUGAGGAAAAGGUUCAGGCUCAGAUAGAUUUGCUUAACAAACAGGAGGAGGACAGUGCUCUUCAGAGGGAGCUCCUGCACCAACAACUGUCUGCUUCUGAAGAGGAGGUGAAGAACAUGAAGGAAGAGAUCCAGUCUAAAGAAGAACAGAUGAACUUGCUGAAAAGUCACAAUUCGGAGCAGGCAGAACAACUGCAUCAUGAGAUCCAGGAUUUAAAGAAACAGGUCGAGUUUUUUAGUUCCUCAUUGAGGACUGCUGAGGAGAACUUGCAAUCCAAGGAAAUUCUGUUUGCAGAACAGCAACUACAGAAAGCUCAGCAUGUGGAGGCACUCCAGAUGCAGAUGGCUGCAUCACAAGAUGAGGUGAAGAGGCUAAAUGCAGAGAUUUGUACAAAAGAGGAACAGUUGGUUGAGCUAAAGACUGAGACCUCGACACACUCUGAAUCACUACAGCAGGAGAUUAAAGGUCUGAAUAAACAAAUAGAAAACAUGAACAGUUCUCUUGAACUUGCCAAGGACCAGAUUCAAGCCAAAAAAGAUGUGAUGGCCAAGCUGGAACAGGAGAGCACUCUGCAGAUUGAAGAACUGAGAACGCACAGCGCAGUUCUUGAGGAGGAGGUGAAUCUUCUGAAGCUGGAGAUCCAAACUAAACAAGGUGAGGUAGACAUGUUGAAAGCUGAGAGUUGCAAGGAGUCCGAGGUCCUACAGAAUGAGAUUCACACUCUCAGGGAUCAAGUACAUUGUCUGAGUGAAUCACUGAAGGCUGCCACAGAGCAGGUUGAGGCGAAAGAAACCUGUUGGCUCAGAAAGAAAUGGAGAUUUCUCAGGAAAAGGACUCAUUUCAAAACAUGAAGACCACCUCUGAAGAGGAGAUAAAAAGCCUUCAAGUCAUGAUCCAAGCUAAAGAAGAACAGCUGGUCACACUAAAAGAAGAGAGCUCCAUACACUCUAACAUGCU